CCUUGAUCGCAUAUGUCUACUAUAACAAGAAACGCUUUUUAAUCCAAUGUUGUCAAGGCAGUGUGGGACGGACCUACAAAAAAUACCUCAAAACUUUGAUAUCAAACAAACUUCUACUUUUAAUCGAUCUGUUGCUUCCAUGUCAAGCGAGUCAACGGAUACAGAAGAUUUCAAAAGUUUCUCUGACAGUAAUGCCGAUACGCCGUCAUCGCUGACAGAAAGAACAGAAUUUCUUGAUACACCAUUGUCCAACGAAAAACUAAAAGGAGAAGUAACAAUCGACAAGGAUGUAGCCACUACUCGGAUAACGCAAUCGAUGACCGUAGACAGAUCCGUAAUUGACGAUACAUCAGCUAUUAAUAACCUUGACGAAAUACCUAGCACUGCACCUGCGACAACAAUCGUGUGCGGUUCUAUAGUGUCGUCAGUGCCAAUCAGUAAAACAUUGAAAGAAGCAGCCAUUGACCUUGACAUUCAAAACUCAGAGGCUGCUGUUGAUAGCUCGCAACAAGAUCCUACUACAACCACAGAAAUUACCAAAGGAAACAACGAGUUGAGCACUUCCAAAGACAAGGCCGACGGUAGCGAUAGUGAGAAGCUUGAAAUUAUUCAAACAGAAUUCACAACUACAGACAACAUUGAACACAAACAACAGGCUAGCGAAAACAUUACUACGACAGCAAAUGAUGAAAUUGUCAACAGUAAAAAGAAUGCCAUGACAACGAAACGCAAAACACCUGGGCUCGAUGCUUAUGCAGGAUAUGAUAAUCCAUCGCCACGGAAAAACAAACGAGCACGUAGAAAAAAGAACAAUGCAGCGCAGGCUCCAGUAGAUCAAUCGGAAUCUUUCAAUGAUGCUGUCGUUCGAUACACGGUGGACAAUUUACCGGAUGAUCUGGUCAAAUAUUAUAACCAACGUUAUGCAUAUUUCUCAAGAUAUGACCAAGGCAUUUUAAUGGAUCGAGAGGGUUGGUUCUCGGUUACACCAGAAAGAAUAGCACAACACAUUGCUGAACGAUGCCGCUGUGAUACCAUUGUUGACGCAUUUACUGGAUGUGGUGGAAAUGCAAUUCAAUUUGCUUUCACCUGCAAGCGAGUAAUUGCGAUCGAUAUUGAUCCAAUAAAGUUGCACUGUGCAAGACAGAACGCACGGAUAUACGGGGUCGAGGACCGGAUCGAGUUUAUUCAAGGUGAUUUCUUUAAACUAGCACCCGAAUUGAAGGCCGAUACUGUCUUUUUAUCGCCACCUUGGGGCGGUCCGUCAUAUCAACAAUCGAGUGUGUUUGACAUUACAACCAUGAUUCCUGGCAAUGGUGCCGAAAUUUAUUCGAUCUCAUCGAAGAUAUCACCACAUGUUGCUUACUUUGUUCCCCGUAACACAGAUCCACAACAAUUGGCCCGAUUGGCUGGACCAAACGGGGUGUGCGAGAUUGAGCAAAACUAUCUACGAGGGAAUCUGAAGGCAUUAACAGUUUACUAUGGCGGUCUCGUCAAUCAAGACUACUUGCAACAGAUAUAAAAGUAGUAAAGCAUCCCUAAUGAUUUUCAUAGCAUUCCGAAAGAGUUCAUCAAACAUCAUCAUGUAAAUACGUAUCACACAUUUAAUACAUCAUUUAUUUCCAUGAAGUAUAUGUACU